AACGAAACAACAAAAAGGUAAGAGAAAAGAAAAUCAACAGAAGAGUUGGCACCAUUGGCGAAUUGUUGAACAAGAGAAGUGUUGUGCGGGAAAGAGUGGACGUGUUGGCAAAGAAAGAAAGAGAAGGAGAGCCAAAGAGAGCGCAAUUUGCUCUUGAGGAGGGAAUUAUGAAGAAGAAAAAAAAAGCAAAGAAAAUUUUAGAAACCUGUUACGUUUCUCAUUGUGCUCGUGAAUGUCUUGAAGUGAGAAAGAGAAAAGUGCUAAAAGUGGUUGAAAGAAGUUGAUUAAGUUCUGAGGGAUUUGUGGAAUUGAGAUCAGGGAGGGAUACUCAGGGAGGCUGUGAGGGAGUUUUCUUUGGGAGGUGGAAGAGGAUGUGGCGAGGCAAGAGAGGCUGUGAAAGUUGGAAGUGAAAGAAGAGAGUGCAUGUGAGAAAAUGGGUGAAGAUGAUCCGCCCAGUUUGGAGUACAUUGAAGAUCCCUAUUUUCCGAGAUUGGAAAAUGGGGCUACGCCAUCGCUGGAUGAGGUGACAGAAUUUGAUCAUCGGAGUCUCUUUGGGGAGGACGAGGGCAGUGGUGGAUGUGAAUGGUCACGAGAAACUGAACUCUAUCUGAGAUCACUGACCCUCGAUCAAUUGCUCGGAGUGCCCGAUGAUGAACUGCAAACAGUUGAAGCGGAAUUUAUUCCGGCCACGACGUCCGGAAAUUCUGGAGGAGGACGAUUGUCCAGGGCCAGGAGGAUACGGUUGCUGACGAAGAAGAAACUGAGAGAUGUGAAAGUGACAUUCAUUGACUUCUCAAAGCCAUAUCUCGCUCGUAUUUCCAGCAAUGACAACUACAAGAAAUUCCUUCACUUUGGAGACGUUGAGAAUUCGGCGAAGCUGUCCGACGCAUCUCCCGGAUCUGUGGGAUCUGCCGUUGAUGUGGUGGACGAACUGGCGGGACUGUCGAUAGAGGAGCAGGAGCGCCAGAAGGCCGAAUGGAGCCAGGAACUGUCCCGCGUUGAGGAGGAGAUCACAACUCUGCGCACGGUUCUGGCUUCCAAAGUUCGCCAUUCCAGCGAGAUGAAAAGGAAGCUGGGCAUCACGGUGUGGAAGGAGAUCACUGAUGACUUGAACCAGGGCGUCAAAAAUGUCAAGGAGAGCAACGUAUAUCAGACGGUCGAGACAAAAGUUGGCAGUCUCACAAAAGCUGUCCAGGAUGCCCCAAUCUACCAGAAGACAGAAAACGUCUUCAAAUCAACAGCCGAGAAGACAUCUUCACUUUUUGGGGGUCUCUCAUCGAAAAUCAGUCAAAUGAAGAAUUCAGAGUCCUUCAAGUCCUUCGAAGAACGAGUUGGAUCUGCCUACGAGAAUGUCAAGACAAAAGUGUCCAAUAGCCGUUCCAAUAGCGUCCAUAGUUUUAGCGACUACCACGAGGAUUCGAGAACUUCAACCGCCCCCCAAUCGCCCACCAUUCCGGAAGAGAAGCCUCUAAAGUAGACGGGGAGAUACUUUUCAGCAGGCCCUACAUCUAUUUUCUUAUGCAGAAACAAAGCGAUUUAAUCCCGACCAGGAAGACAGGAGAGAAGAGAGGAAUUAAGAGAGAGAGUCCACUGUUGAACGUUGAAACUUUAUUGAAUUUCAUUUUUUUUUAAAUAUAUUUUUUUCUCUACACGAUUCCUGCACACAGAGAGAAUUAUAUAAUGUCAUAAUUGUCUUUUAACAACAAAAAUAAUUGUGCCUAAAUGGUGAAUUUACAUAAAGAAAUAUAACGUAAAAAAAAUUGUGUGUGUGGCUGGGAGAAACUAAGAAAAAAAAAAGAAUAAGCUGGGAGAAAAAAAAGCUCUAUCUUACAUUUCAAUUAUAUACGGCAAUUGCAGAUUUAUAUGGCUAAAAUAAAUGUUUUAAAUCAA